AUGCUAAACCUAUACCUUCUUAUCCCCGCCGCUAUCGUCCUAGUCCCUUUCGUUGUCGUCUUCCGCGGAGUCAUUGCCUACCUGCAAGACCCCAAAGGCCUCCGUAAGUACCCAACACAGAACUGUGUCUUUACCAAGCUGGGCUAUUGCUGGGAGCUAGGCCGGAAGCACCCCAUCAUCCAUUCCCGCCGUCUGUAUCUGGACCACACAACCAAGGGCCACAAGGUCAUCCGACUUGGUCCGAAUUGGAUCUCCUUCGGUCAUGCUCGCGCCGCCCGCGAUAUCUACGGGUUCACCUCGUCGGCCAAGAAAUCCGCCAUAUAUGACCAGCUGUCUGGCGGAGGUGGCGACAAGAGCCUCCAUAAGUUCCGCCGGUCGAUGGUUGCUCAUUACUACGCCCCCAAGCAUCAGCGCCAUUGGGAAGAGUCGUGGGUGCUGGACUCCUGUGCAGAUUUCAUGAAGGCAAUUGAUACCAGAUGUACCAAGCCGAUGGGUCCAUACAAACAGCCAGAUCCGGAGGAUCUCAAGCUUGACUUAGUGCAUUGGGGUUACACGUACGCCUGCGAGGUCAUGAUCAAAAUCGGGAUGAGCAAGGAUCUCCAUCUGCUUGAUAAGGGGAAUAAUAAUAUUGAGAUUGAAGAUUCCGAUGGCACCAAGCGGGAAGUUAGCAUUGUCCAAUCGCUUCAUUGUGCUGGCCGAGCGGCUGCCAACGUUAUCUGGGAUACUAAGCACUUCACCAUGUGCGUCAAGUUAAUGAGAAAGGUAUCCAAAGAAUAUGCAUAUAACCUUAAAGGAGGUGGUGACUGGCACGCGGCGACGACGAAGCUCGUUCUUGAGCGGAUGGACCGACAUAAGAAGGGGGAGAAGCUCGAUGACCUGUUCAUGCCGUGGAUGGAGGGCAAGGACGGUAAUGAACCAGAUAUCAGUACACCGGAUAGGAUUGCUGGUAAGUGUGAUUUCCAAUGCCAGCCGUUUAUAUCACGUCAGAAUUGUUGCGAGACGCCCCCGGCUACCCUCGGCGGCUCUGUCGCAACCACGAUUUACAAUCUCGUCAAAGAUCCCCGGACAUUCCAGAAGCUGCGAGAAGAGCUUGAUGCUGGUCUUCCCCCGCAUCGCUCCGUGGCUACCUGGCAACAAGUCAAGAGCAUGCCGUAUUUGAAAGCCUGCAUUGACGAAGCCAUGCGUCUUUAUCCUCCAGUAGCAACGGAUCUCAUCCGUCGCACACCACCUGAAGGCAUGGUCGUUGAUAGUGUCCCAGUGCCAGGGAACACAGACAUUUCCAUUUCGGCAUACACGUCACACCGCGAUCCCACCGUCUUUCCAGCCCCGGAAAAAUGGUACCCCGACCGAUGGAUUAAAAACCGAGGCACGGAGAUGAUGAAAGACAUGCUUGCUUCAUGGAUUCCAUUUAGUGCAGGAUACAGAACGUGCAUGGGUCGUAACGUUUCGAUCGCCUGUGUCAUUGGGACUUUGGUCCAUAACUAUGAUUUCGCUUUGCCCAGCAAGGACUGGGAGUUACGAUUCGAGGAAUGGUUCAACCUGUGGCCCACUCAAUGCCCUGUCAAGGUUUGGAAGAGAGAAAAAUUCGCCCAGCCUCAACCUGCGGCAUAA